CUAGCAAGCGCAUCAUACAUCACAUAGAUAGUAACCGGCGCAACAACCGACAAAAUGCUACCCCUCGGUCUACUUAACGCCGCCCAAGGCCACCCCAUGCUGGUCGAGCUGAAGAACGGAGAGACACUCAACGGUCACCUGGUUUCUUGCGAUACAUGGAUGAACCUCACACUCAAGGAGGUGGUGCAGACAAGUCCGGAGGGUGAUAGAUUCGUGCGAUUACCGGAGGUCUAUGUCAAGGGAAACAACAUCAAAUACCUGAGAGUACCAGACGAGAUCAUCGACCAGGUUAGCGAAUCGCAGAAGGGCCAGCAGGGCGGUUUCCGAGGCGGACGAGGAGGCGGUUCAAGAGGAGACCACAGUGGACGCGGCGGUGACCGUGGUCGUGGCCGUGGAGGCCGAGGUCGUGGCCGGGGACGAGGUCAAUAAGCUGAAUUACGAAAUUUACGACGAUACCUUGCGCAUGCAGACCUGUUUGCUAUAGAUCUCAAGCGCCUCGCACCAGGAUACAAGGGAGUCUAUGAUAGCAAAACAAGCAAAAAGAGGAGGAAGUCUGGUCCUCUGUGAUUACCACAUACAUAUUCCAGCUACCAGCUACCAGCUUUCAGGUUGCUUCACGAACGAUAUAUAUCGAUUUAGAAUGAAGUCAAUAAACCAAGAAGAGGCAGCAAUUCCGCAAAUAAAUAAUGCCGCACAAUGUA